AUGUCAGUAACGAUGUGAUUUUUUAUUGAAAUGUGUUAAAAAUUUUUCGUUGAAUCUGUCUAAACCGAUAUUCCGUAAGAGAUGUGAUAUGCUUUUCAUACCUGUCCCAAAAUGCGAUUGCCCACGAAAUGAAAAAAUUAUGGGAACAUCUUCUCUUCUUUAUGAUUAUGGUUCAACUCUGCUCGGCUCAAACGAAACAAUCAUGUCACAGUGCUGUCUACUGCCAGGGAGAUCUGCUUCAUUUAGUGCAGACUGCAAAAAUAUUCAACGACUCAAAAACUUUUGUUGAUAUGGCUAUGAUCCAUCCUCUGAAUGAGACAUUGAAAAGAUUUCAACUACUAAUGUCCGAAAACGAUGAACAUCCCACGAGAGAGCAGAUUAAAGAGUUCGUUUACAAAAACUUCAAGUCUAUUGGAGAGUUAGACGAGUAUUAUCCUAGAGAUUUCAAACACGAACCGAAAAUAAUCAAAGAAAUCACCGAUCCUGUGGUAAGAAAAUUUGCACAGAGUCUCAUUGACAUUUGGCCUACUCUAACAAGAACAGUGUCUUAUCACGUUAUCGACCAUCCAGAAACCCAUUCCCUAAUACCUGUACCACAUCCAUUCGUCAUCCCAGGUGGAAGAUUCAAAGAGUUAUACUAUUGGGACACAUACUGGAUACUCAAAGGCCUUCUUUUGAGUGAUAUGGUUGAAACGGCUCGUGGUAUGAUACAGAAUCUACUAUCUAUGGUAGAACGGUUUGGUUUUGUACCAAACGGAGGCAGAAUAUAUUAUCUGAACAGGUCCCAGCCUCCGCUUUUAACUCAAAUGGUAGCUGACUAUGUUAAGUACACGAAAGACUUUGAGUUUUUGAGAAAUAAUAUCAACACUCUUGAGAAGGAACUCCAAUUCUGGUUAACUAAGAGACUGGUAACCAUAGAAAAAGGAGGAAAAACUUAUGAAUUGGCCCGCUACGACUCGGAAAGUGACACACCUAGACCUGAGUCUUAUUGGGAAGAUAUAGAAACAUGCUCCCGUUUGACUGGUGAAAAGGAAAAGAUG